AUGUCCAAGGGUACCGGUCUCAUCCGCCGUUUGUCUCGUGGUGCACACAACAGACUCAGACGACGUCCAUCCACCACCCAAACGAACCGAAUCCGCGAUCAAAGCGCCGGUCCCGUCUUGGUGCGCAGAAGGAGCGACAGUACUGGCCAAUCCGAUCUAGCCGGCGACAUGUCAGACCUUGACCUAGGACGCACCUCGGAGGAUGGCAACGAGGACUCUGUUAGUACAUUUCCUCCUCCGGAUCAAACAAGCACAUUCGGAUCCCUUGCCAGCCGUAAGAGUUCAGCAGCGCUAGCCGAAGGUGGCGUCGCUCCAACCAUCUCUUCAGUCCUGGAACAAGGUACCUGGCUCACGAAGGUGACCAAAAAGAAGCGCAAAGUUCUCAAAUUUCGUCUGGAUCCAUUGGCUGCUAAGGUCUGCUGGAACCCCUCGAACCCGUCCAAGCAAUUCUACAUAGACGAUGUCCGCGACAUUCGAGUUGGUGCUGAGGCCAAAUCAUCACGCCAGGACAUUCAAAUACCCCACGAUCAAGAGCGAUGCUGGAUUACCAUCGUCUACGACGCCUACGAGCGCUCCAAGGGCAGUUCUAUCAAGACAAUGCACCUCAUCGCACCCAACGACUACAUUGUCAAGCUCUGGACCGAUGCCCUGAACGGCGUGUCACGCGAGCGUAUUGAGAUUAUGAACGCACUAUCAGCAAAUCCCGAGAAGAGUGAGCGCAGCAUGAGAAUGGCGUGGAAACAAGCCACGUCACGCAAGAACCCUGACGCUGAACCGAAAAUCGAUUUCGAGGAUGCAAAGUGGAUCUGUCGUAAGCUCGAAAUCAACUGCUCCAUCAACACUGUUCGUGCGCACUUCAACCACGCGGACCACGAUUUGGUGGGUAUGCUCAACUACUCGCAAUACCAGUACUUUGUGAAUUUAUUCAAGAUCCGCAAAGACGUUCAGUCCCUCUACUACGGCAUCAAACGCUCAGAUGAGCCGGAGCUUAGCUUGGAGGCCUUCCUCGAAUUCUUGCGCAAAGAGCAGCGCAUCGAUGUCGAGAAGGAUCGUGCUUCGUGGGAAAGCAAGUUCGAGCUUUAUUGCCGAAGUGCUUCUGGCAAGGCCGCCGACCGGCAGCUACCACCCACUAUGAAUUUGCAGGCUUUCCAGACGUUCCUUUCUUCUGGCUCAAACGGUGCUACUGCUUCGAUCAAGUCCGAUCCUACCCUUGAUCGACCUCUGAACGAGUAUUUCAUCUCGAGUUCUCACAAUACCUACCUCAUGGGUCGCCAGGUUGCUGGACUUUCAAGUGUUGAAGGAUACAUCUCUGCAUUGGUCAAGGGAUGUAGGUGCAUUGAGAUCGACUGUUGGGAUGGCAAGAACGGCCUACCUAUCGUCAAUCAUGGCCGUACAUUGACUACCGAAGUCAUGUUCGAAGAUUGUAUUGCUGUUAUCGCGCGAUAUGCUUUUGCAUCAUCAGUCUACCCGCUGAUCAUCUCACUGGAAGUUCAUUGUAAUCCAGACCAACAGCUGCACAUGGUUAACAUCAUGAAGCUCUAUUUUGGAGAUGCUCUGCUCACCACGCCUCUGGUCGAAAACGCAUCAGUGCUCCCUUCGCCAGAAGAGCUCAAGAAUAAAAUCUUGAUCAAAGUCAAAGCAGCCUCUCAGCAAUUUGAAGGCCAGAACUUUGCAGACAACGCUAACGCUCGCCGUCAAAGAAGCUUCAGCUCUCCGUUCAGCCGAGCUACGGACAACAGCGUCCCUCCUUCGCCCCUCCAAAAUGCUGUAAAUGGUGAUGGACUUACUACCAGACCAUCGAACACUUGGCCUGUACUUCGCGGUUCUUCAUCUGCACAGAGUACCGUCCCAUCAACAUCGAGCUCUUCCGAGGAUAGCGACACUGCUCCUACAUCUGUGGAUUCCAGGAAGAAGAACAACAAUAACAGCAAGAAGACUAGUAACAUUGUGCCUGCUCUGGGUGCUUUGGGUGUUUACGCUUGCGGCAUAAAGUAUUCUGACUUCUCUGCUCAAGAAGCACGAACCUACAACCACAUCUAUUCCUUUGCUGAGAACACAUUCGAGCGCAUCUCUAAAGAUCCUGGAGUCAAGAGUCAAUUGGAAAACCACAACUCUCAGUACCUCAUGAGGGUUUACCCUGCUGCUAUGCGCAUCGACUCCUCGAACUUCAACCCGCUUCAGUCAUGGAAGCGUGGAGUACAGAUGGCCGCUUUGAACUGGCAAACAUACGAUAUUCACAUGCAGAUGAAUGAAGCCAUGUUUGCUGCUGGAACUGACCGCACUGGAUACGUUCUCAAGCCCGACGAGAUGCGCGAAAACAAGCAGUCUCAAACCAGUGGGUCUUUGCUUGACACUCUCAGGUUUCACAAAAGAGGGAAGCAUCUCGUGCAAUUCAGUGUGGACAUCAUAUCAGCUCAGCGUCUUCCUCGACCACGUAAUCACAAUCCUGAGCUUGGGAUGAAUCCUUACGUCGAGUUCGAGGUGUAUACCGCCGAAGACAACAAAUCUCGCGGAUAUGCCAAAGUCGAUGGUGGUAUCGAUGUUCAAGCUUCUGGUAUCGGACCAUCUGUCAAGAGAAGAACCAGAUUGAUCGAAGGCAAUGGAUUUGAUCCGAACUUUGGUGACUGCUUCAGAGUUUCUCUUGAGACCAAAUAUCCAAGCCUAGUCUUCGUCCGAUGCACAGUCUGGAAUUCACCGGAUGGACGCAACGCCUCGUCUAACAGCACGCUCCUUGCCACCUUUACCGCAAAACUCACCAGCCUCCAACAAGGCUACCGCCACUUAGCCCUCUUCAACUCAUAUGGCGAACGCUACCGCGACGCCAAACUAUUCGUCCGCAUCAGAAAGGACUCGCCCAUCGCCUUGUCCUCGAGCGAGAUGAAAGACGAACCUACCCCCAUAGUCUCUGGUCCGCGGGCGGAAUCCAUACGACAAGGUUCGAGAUCAUGGUCUAGAAAGAUCUUCAAGCGCGCAUCCAGUGAACGCAGGAGAAGACCUCAAUGGCCAGAGUGGCAAGGACCGCUCAGCCGCACCUCCAGCACCGAACGAUGA